AUGACAUCAACAAGUUUUAAACAAAAUAAAACUAUAAGCUUGGAAGAGUGGGAGAUAAAAACUCAAUUAUCAGAGGCACAAAGACAAAGUGUAUUAGAAUUACAAGAUGCUUGUGCAGAAUUACCAUUACCUGAAGGCCUUCUGACUGAUUUUGGCUCAGGUACACCACAACGUACAGCUUCACCCUCACUCCCACCUUACAAAGACAAUUUAAAACAAUCUUCAUAUCAACAUUUAGCUUCUUCGCCUUUGCCAAAAUCACGAUCGACCACUAAUCUGUUAGCUGCAGAGUUUCAAGCUACAGAAGCAGUAGCCUUUUUAAUACCAGAUUCUUCAUCGCUUGGUAUUACACAACCAAUCGAGACCACGCAACAAUUUUUUGAUUGGUUUGCUAGAAUGGAAAAUGAUAUGGAAAGAGAUCAAGAAGAUGUUUACAGACAAGCAUGCGAUGAUUUUCUAAAACAAAUAGAUACAACCGCUAAAUUGUUCAAUGAUCUUGAAGGGAAUUUUAAAUUUGUUGAAGAACGUACAAGAGCACUGCAAACAGCUUGCGAAACACUUCUUGAAGAACAGAAUAAUUUAGCCAAAUUAGCAGAUUCAAUGUCAUCAAAAUUGUCUUAUUAUAAUGAAUUGGAAACAAUUACAAAAUUAUUUAAUUCACCAGGAGAAAGUAUUUGUGAACUAAAAGAAUUCUUGCCCACGUUAACAAAGUUAGAUGAAUGUUUAGAUUACAUGCAAAAUAAUUUAUUAAAUUCUACAGUACAAACUGCAGUACUUUAUGUAAAAUUUAAAGCUAUCUCACCAAAAUUUAAAGAAUUAUUACAUGAAAUUGAAAAAAGAUGUUCUGAACAUCAAGAUUAUAUGUACGAUUUUCUCCGCCCAAAAAUUAUUCAUGAAGCAAGUAUUGAUACUUUAUCUGAACUAUGUACUAUAUUGUUAGUUCAUCUUAAUCAAGAUGUUGAAGAAGAUGAAGGUAAAGAAGGUCAAGGAUUACAGUUUAGUUACUUGAUUCGUAAUGUUCUUCAGGAUGCACAACAAAGGCUUGUAUUUCGAGCUCAAACAUAUAUUCGAAGUGAAAUACAAAAUUAUAUUGCAAAACCUUCAGAUCUAGAUUAUCCGAAUAAAUUAAAAGCUUUGAAUGAUAAAUUAUUAUCAGCUGUGACUGCUGAAGAAUACCCAAAAGAACUUCUACAACGUUCUUUAUCAGCACCACCAAUGCUAGAGAAAAAUGAUGAUGAUAAAUCUAUCACCAAUGUUAGCAUCAACUCUACCACCACUAACAACACCAAUACUGAAUUUUCCAUAAAUCCUGCUGAUACAGGUGGAAUAUAUCAUGGAUGGUUUCCUACAUUACAACGUACAUUAUAUGUACUUUCAAAGCUUUAUCAAUGUGUUAAUACUAAAAUAUUUGAUGAUAUAGCACAAGAUGUUGUUCUAUUAUGUUUAAAAUCUCUAUUAUCAGCAAGUGAAACAAUUUCAAAACAUAGUAAACUUGACGGACAAUUAUUUUUAAUAAAACAUUUAUUGAUUCUUAAAGAUCAAAUUGCGGUCUUUGGUACACAAUUUGUUCAUGAAGAAAAGGAUUUAGAUUUUUCUUCUAUAACUAAUGCGUUAAAUGAAAUAUUACAGAAUAAAUAUUCUAUUUUAAGUCCUAAUACUUUAUUUGGCUUGGCACAAAAAGGAAUUCCAAAAGUAAAAGAAAACAUAAUAGAUUCCAAACUGGAAGUAGAUAAAGAAUUAAAGAAAACAUGCGAGGAAUUUAUUUAUAAUUUAAAUCAACAAACUUUAUUAAAAGAUCAAAAUUUUGCGAGUCCAAAAAAUAUUAUAGAAGUUUAUGAAACAUUUCAAAAUUCAGUUAAAAUGCGAAUUCAAUACAUUAUGACAAAAAUGUCUGAAUAUAUUGAAGACAAAGAUACUGAAGCGGUUUUAUUAAAACCAAUACAAAGUUAUCGUUAG